CACUUGAAGGCACCAUAAAUCAGGAGCGUAUCCUGGUCACCAUGAGAGAAACAAUAAUGAAACAUUGGACUUACUGCUGAUGGAAUAAACUUGCUUGAAGCAUCAACAACUCGGAGUUAAUUUCCAGGUACAAUCCAGGAUAUUCCAAGCAAUACAAGCGUCUGGAGCGGACGACAGCGGAUGGUUGCUGCCAAUGGGGCUGUUUGACAAGUUGGCAGGAUGGCUGGGCUUCAAGAAGGAGGUGAACGUGCUUUGUCUGGGCCUGGACAACAGCGGGAAAACCACCAUCAUCAACAAACUCAAACCUUCCAACGCCCAGGCACAAGACAUCGUCCCGACCAUUGGGUUCAGCAUAGAGAAGUUCAAGACAUCCAGUCUCUCCUUCACAGUGUUUGACAUGUCUGGCCAAGGCAGAUACAGAAACCUCUGGGAGCACUACUACAAGGAGGGCCAGGCUGUCAUAUUUGUCAUCGAUAGCGCAGAUAAGCUUAGGAUGGUUGUGGCCAAAGAAGAAUUGGACACUUUAUUAAAUCAUCCUGACAUCAAGCACAGGAGAAUUCCCAUCCUGUUCUUGGCUAACAAGAUGGACGUCCGAGACGCUUUGUCUUCGGUCAAGGUCUCCCAGCUGCUCUGCUUGGAAAAUAUCAGGGACAAACCCUGGCAAAUCUGUGGCACUGACGCUCUAAGAGGAGAUGGUUUACAGGAGGGAGUGGAAUGGUUACAAGAUCAAAUCAAGUCAUUGAGGACAUGAGGACGUGAAGACAAGAAGAAGGUACCAAAAACAUUUCAGAUGUGGUUAACUUUGAAAUCUGAGCGCAAUUUGGGACGGUUCUCAAAUAUUUAUUUGAACAGAUCACGGACACCAAUUGUGCUAAGUCGGCAAGAAUCACAAUCAUGGUGUUUUUGGGCAAAUAUAUUCUAUUACAAGUGUAAUUUGCUUCUGUCUAAAUCAUCGAUAUAAUUCAUGUUUGAAAAUAUUUUUGGUUUCUCCGGAUUGUUUGCAUUACUGUAAAUCAUUUACUCGUGUGUAUUUUAUUUUCUAUACAAUUUUGUAUAUUGUGUAUAUUGGCAAUAGUUAUCUUGGGAAAACAUGUUGUCUAAUAAAAUAUUUCAAACCA